AUGGCCCCGGCGGGACGGCUGUGCUGUGCCGCGCUGCUCUGCGGUGCGCUCAGCCUCUGCAGCCUGCGGGCCGCGCCGCGCCAGCCCGACACCCUCUACCUGUGGAUCGACGGCCAGCAAGCGCGGGUGCUCAUCGGCUUCGAGGAGGACAUUCUGAUCGUGUCCGAGGGGAAGAUGGCCCCGUUCACCCACGACUUUAGGAAAGCCCAGCAGAGGAUGCCCGCCAUCCCCGUCGGCAUCCACGCCAUGAACUUCACUUGGCAGGCAACGGGACGGGCCGAAUACUACUAUGAAUUCCUGUCUUUGCACUCUUUGGAUAAAGGCAUAAUGGCUGAUCCAACUAUAAAUAUCCCCCUGCUUGGAACAGUUCCUCAUAAAGCAUCAGUUGUUCAGGUUGGAUUUCCUUGCCUUGGAAAACAAGAUGGGGUCGCUGCAUUUGAAGUGAAUGUGAUCAUAAUGAAUUCAGAAGGCAAUAUUAUUCUCCAGACCCCUCAGAAUGCCAUCUUCUUUAAAACCUGUCAGCAAGCGGAAUGUCCGGGAGGAUGCAGAAAUGGAGGAGUUUGCAACGAAAGACAUGUCUGUGAAUGUCCUGAUGGAUUUUAUGGGCCUCAUUGUGAGAAAGCCCUGUGUGUUCCUCGCUGCAUGAACGGCGGGCUCUGCAUCACACCCGGCCUCUGCAUCUGCCCCCCGGGGUUCUACGGCAUCAACUGCGACAAAGCAAACUGUACAACAACCUGUUUCAAUGGAGGGACAUGUUUCUAUCUGGGAAAAUGCAUUUGUCCUUCAGGCUAUGAAGGAGACCAGUGUGAAAUUAGUAAAUGCCAUCAACCCUGUCGAAAUGGAGGCAAAUGUACUGGUAAGAAUAAAUGCAAGUGCUCCAAAGGCUACCAGGGAGACCUGUGUUCAAAGCCUGUCUGCGAACCCAGCUGUGGCCUGUAUGGCACCUGUGUGGAGCCCAACAAAUGCCACUGCAAAGAAGGCUGGCAUGGCAGACACUGCAAUAAAAGGUAUGGAGCCAGCAGUGUGAGCGCCCUGAGGCCAGCAGGCAGCAAGCACAGGCAGCACACGCCUUCACUGAAAAGGGCCGAGGAGACACAUGUUCCACCCGAAUCCAAUUAUAUCUGGUGA